CUCCGAUACCCUGAUGUCGCCCACCAUGACUCGACUCAGGCAUGCCUAGAAGGCACUAGGGUCGAUCUUACGGAGCGUAUCAUGGCCUGGUGUCACAACACUAGGGAAAGCGGGAACCGUGUCAUGUUACUCACUGCUGUGGCCGGUGCUGGCAAGACCUCGAUUGCCCACACAAUUGCUGAACGAUGCACAAAGGAGCAUGCCCUAUUGCUAGGCUUCUUUUUCAAAGCGGGCGAACAGUCGCAGCCUGAUUGUCUGUUCAGCGGGAUGGCUCGAGCCUUAGCAAAGCGCGAUCAGGUCUAUCGCUCCUCCAUUAUUUCUACUCUUCAGGAUGAUCCUACACUCUCAACAGCACCGUUCGCGAUGCAAUUCACGAGAUUGGUGGCUCCACCCCUCCUGCAUAAGCCUCCACUCUCCGACCGUCCAAUGGUGGUCAUCAUCGACGCUUUAGAUGAAUGUGACGAAGAAGCCUUUGAGCCCCUUGCAAAUAUUCUUCGGGAAGAAGUGCCUAAAUUACCAUCCUCCAUAAAGUUCAUAGAUCUCUCAGAUGAUGCAAACGUGCAGGACUGUGCCACGUUUAUACGUUCCCAGCUGCAAACGCUGAAGAAUUGGCAUCCUGAUAUACGGCAUAAACUUGAGAACGAAGAGAAAGCAGUAGAGGGGAUCUUGGAACGAGCAGGCGGCCUGUUUAUUUGGAUCAGCACCAUCUUUCGCUACAUGAGGAAGGCUAGCAAGGACCCUAUGAGGAUACUGGAGGGACUUCUCGGCACAGGCACGAAAGGAUCGACGGUUUCUGCUGAGGGAAUGAUGGAUCGAUUGUAUACAAGUAUCUUGAAGAAGUGCAGCUGGGAGGAUGAAGAUUUUGCGCAUGACUAUCCAGUUGUGAUAGGAGCUAUCUUUGUUGCACAACAGCCUCUGUGUGUCCCAUCUUGGGAUGCCAUUUUGUCACCUUUCUUGAAGUCAUCGGUUCGAUGUACAUUGGCCGAACUUGCACCUCUCCUCUCAGGACUUGAGGAUUCUCAUGUCCCAAUUCGCAUCCUACACCAAUCUUUUCGCGACUUUAUUCUAGAUCGGAUCGAUCCUCAAUCAAUCGGCCUUCAUUGCAGUCCAGUAGAUGUGAAGCGGGAGAAUGCUAGAAUUGCCCUGCGAUGUGCCAAAAUUCUGAAUGAGGAUCUCUCCUCUUCAGAAGGCCUAGGACUGAUUGAGGACUUGGACAGAGAAGAUGAACUGCCGCGCAUCCCUCCAGAGAAGUUAUCCGAGCACUUGCAUUAUGCAUGUCGUUACAUUGUUCAUCACCUCAGUGGAGUCCAGGAACGGUCGCAGGAGCUCGAUAAAUCAGUUUGCAUAUUUCUAAGUCAGCAAGCCACUCGCUGGGUUGAAGUCUGCGUGAGGACGGAAGGCUACGUCAGUAUUUCAAUACUCCCUGAGUGGGCUAAGUUGGCAGUUGACCAAAGGUCAAAAGAUGCUAUCUUCAUGCUAGCCAAUGUGCUUAUCUGGCUUCCGUCAAAUUUGGGAUUUUUUUCAAGAUUCCAUGAGGCAUAUGAGGCAGCAAAGGAUUCAGUUGUACUCUGCCGUUACCUUGUUUCCGUGGACUCGGAGUCCUACACCCUGGAAUUGGCCAGGUCACUCGGAACAUUAUAUUUAGCUCUUUUUAAACUUGGACAGCACUCGGAGGCGCUCCCAUUCAUCAAGGAAAGUGUCAAGCUCGGGCGUGAGCUAGUUGCCAUUCAUCCAGGGACAUACAAUCAAGAUUUGGCCUGGUCACUCGAGAGCCUAUGUCAUGCUCUUUCCAAUCUUGGACGGCACUCAGAGGCGCUCCCAUUCAUCGAGGAAAGCGUCAAAAUCUACCGCCAGCUCGUUGCUGUUCACCCGGAAUCAUACACCCCAGAUUUGGCUUUGUCACUCAACAACCUAUAUGCCUCUCUUUCGGAUCUCAGACAGUACUCGGCGGCGCUCCCAUUCAUCGAGGAAAGCGUCAAACUCGGGCGCGAGCUGGUUGCCGUUAACCCAGGAUUACACACCCCAGGUUUGGCUCGGUCACUCGUCAAUCUAUAUCAUGCUCUUUCGAAUCUCAAACAGCACUCCAAAGCGCUCCCAUUCAUCGAGGAAAGCAUCAAACUCUACCGUGAGCUGGUUGCCGUUAACCCAGGAUUAUACACCCUAGAUUUGGCUUUGCCACUCAACAAUCUAUAUGAUGCUUUUUCAAAUCUCGGACGGCACUCCGAGGCGCUCCCGUUCAUUGAGGAAAGCGUCAAACUCUACCGUGAGCUGGUUGUCGUUAACCCAGGAUUACACACUCCAGGUUUGGCUUGGUCCCUCGACAAUCUAUAUAAUGCUCUUUCGAAUCUCGGACGGCACUCCGAAGCGCUCCCAUUCAUUGAGGAAAGCGUCAAACUCUACCGUGAGCUGGUUGCCAUUAACCCGGGAUUACACACCUCAAAUUUGGAUAUGUCACUCAACGAACUACAUAUCGCAGUUUCUAACCUCGGACGUGAUUCUGAGGCACUAAUUUGAACGAUUUGAGACCGGGACCUUCCUCUUUCCCUCAUUUAACGUCCGUUUUUACUUCGAAACUCUUGAUGAAAUGUUUAUUGGCUGUUUAGCCAACUUUGUAGGCACGAAUUGAAAGACGAAAUCAGCGGGUUAGUGUGGCAAUACAUAUGUGAGUGUGGGGGACGAUGAACUAGUUUAUACCUUGGGCCCUGGGCAGGGGCAGAACAGUGACAUUACUAGCAUAGG